GCUCAUUCUGUUCAAGAACAAAAAUGUUACAUUUUGUGUUUCUGUUAUUUGGUAUUUGUAGUGUUCAAGGAUAUUUUACUUUGCCAGGAAACUGUCCGGAAAAUGUCACUCUCCAAGAGGAUUUUCGGUUGGCUUUGUUCUACGGAAAAUGGUACCAGGUGUACCACUACUCGAGCAAUGGGUUAAAUAAAAACAAUUGCUCUACAGUUGAACUAAUCACUAAACCUGAUGGAAUCUACAUCAAUCAAUCUAGGGUGGAUUUAGGUAUUUUCCAUAGGUUUAGCAUUGGGAAGAUAAAAAUUCCAACUGACAUUGAAAAUGCUGCGGAUUUGGGAGUUACUUUCACUUUUGAUGAUGCCCCUAGAAGACUAAAAACAAGGCACUAUCCGUUCCGAGUGUUGGCCACAAACAACAACUUUUACGCUACUAUAUAUACUUGCUCUUAUAGUCCCCUGGUCAAUAAACAUUUCAUAUACGUAUGGAUCUUAUCAAGAAAUCCUGUUCUCAAUGACGUUUCCAAAGAAUUGGCUAUCAAACCACUGAACGAAAUAGGCAUUGAUUCUUCAAAACUAGUCAAAGACGAAUGGACACAUUGCAACCCGAAGUACUACGACAGUACACCCGUGGAACCUUUCACCUUUAGAUACCCUGUACCUAUUUAUAAUAUUGAUUAAUAUAAUAUCGAAAUUGAAUUAAGUUGUACUUAUUUCUGUGUAUCGUUACAUCAGUCAAUGCUUAUCUAUUGUAUUUACUUUUACGUUACUGUAUCAAUAAAUGAUAAAGUAAUGCAUUUACUUUUGUAACAUCACUGUACCAUACAAUGACAAUCUAGCAUAUUUCAUUUUAUGUAUCAUAGUACUGUAGUACAGGCAGCUUGGUUUUGUAUUUAGAAUUGUAAUAAUAAUAGAGUGUUGAUGUCAGACAGACAUCAACAGGAGUUCUGGAAAAAGCUUUGAAACUGAAUACACGUAUAAAGUUUUA